AAAUUAUUUAUGUUAAUAGAUCCAGACUGAGGUUUGUUAAUUGAUGUUGAAUUUAAAUUAGGAAUUGAUUGUUUUGGUGUUGGUGAUCUUAUUGUUAAAUUUGAUAUUCUUUUUCCAAAAGUACUUAAUCAUGAACAACGUACAAUUGUUGAUUGUUGUUUUUCAAAUUCAAUUGAUACUUAUCAACCAUAUGAUUCUGUAUUUCAUAGUACAAUUAUUGAAGAAACACAACAACAACAACAACAACAACAACAAUCAUUUUCACAACCACAAGUAUCACCACUACAACAGUCACAAACAUCACCAACCGCAAA